GCGGUUGGCGCGGCGGAGGCGGCCGCGCCGGGCCGGGCCGGGCCGGGCCGAGCAGCCUCGGGCGCGUCGCUGCUGCCCCCGCGUUCCGUCUAGCGGGAGCGGCCUCCGAGCCGAGCUCCCCGCCGCCGCCCCGCCGCCAUGGCCCCCAAGGACGUCAUGACCAACUGCCACGCCAAGUCCAUCCUGAACGCCAUGAACGCGCUGCGGCGGAGCGGCACGCUGUGCGACGUGACUCUGCGCGUGCAGCGCCAAGCCUUCGCCGCGCACCGCAUCGUGCUGGCGGCCUGCAGCGACUACUUCUGCGCCAUGUUCACCAGCGAGCUUUCAGAAAAAGAUAAACCAUAUGUGGAUAUCCAAGGGUUGACGGCCUCUACUAUGGAAAUCCUGCUGGACUUUGUGUAUACAGAAACGGUUCAUGUCACAGUAGAAAAUGUCCAGGAAUUGCUCCCAGCAGCAUGUCUGCUUCAGCUGAAAGGUGUGAAGCAGGCUUGUUGUGAGUUCUUGGAAAGCCAGCUGGAUCCAUCAAACUGUUUGGGCAUCCGAGAUUUUGCUGAGACGCACAACUGCGUUGAUCUAAUGCAGGCAGCAGAGGUCUUCAGCCAGAAACACUUCCCAGAGGUGGUUCAGCAUGAAGAGUUCAUCCUCUUAAAUCAGGAAGAGGUGGAAAAGCUCAUCAAAUGUGAUGAAAUUCAGGUGGAUUCUGAAGAACCUGUUUUUGAGGCAGUUAUAAAUUGGGUGAAACACUCAAAAAAGGAACGGGAGGACUCCUUGCCAGAGCUGCUGCAGUACGUGCGCAUGCCGCUUCUUACCCCCCGCUACAUCACAGAUGUCAUAGACACUGAGCCUUUUAUACGGUGCAGUUUGCAGUGCAGAGACCUUGUAGAUGAAGCUAAGAAAUUCCACCUAAGGCCUGAGCUCCGGAGUCAGAUGCAGGGACCCAGGACCAGAGCACGUCUAGGGGCUAACGAGGUUCUGCUAGUGAUUGGAGGCUUUGGUAGUCAGCAGUCACCUAUUGACGUGGUGGAAAAAUAUGACCCAAAGACUCAGGAGUGGAGUUUCUUGCCAAGUAUCACCCGUAAGAGGCGCUAUGUUGCCACGGUGUCCCUGCAUGAUCGGAUUUAUGUGAUCGGGGGAUACGACGGCCGCUCCCGUCUCAGCUCUGUGGAGUGCUUGGAUUAUACGUCGGAUGAGGAUGGCAUCUGGUACUCAGUGGCUCCAAUGAAUGUUCGUCGAGGCCUGGCAGGGGCCACUACCCUAGGAGAUAUGAUCUACGUUUCUGGUGGUUUUGAUGGAAGUCGGCGUCACACCAGUAUGGAGAGAUAUGACCCAAAUAUUGAUCAGUGGAGUAUGCUGGGAGACAUGCAAACAGCUCGGGAAGGAGCAGGACUGGUUGUAGCUAAUGGUGUUAUCUACUGCCUUGGUGGCUAUGAUGGGCUGAACAUCUUGAACUCUGUAGAGAGGUAUGACCCUCACACUGGACACUGGACAAAUGUCACCCCAAUGGCCACCAAGCGCUCAGGAGCAGGAGUAGCGUUGUUGAACGAUCACAUUUACGUUGUUGGUGGGUUUGAUGGGACAGCACAUCUCUCCUCUGUGGAAGCCUAUAACGUUCGCACUGAUUCCUGGACUACUGUGACGAGUAUGACAACGCCUCGUUGCUACGUGGGUGCCACUGUGCUGAGGGGACGGCUGUAUGCAAUAGCUGGGUAUGAUGGCAACUCGCUGCUGAGCAGCAUUGAGUGCUAUGAUCCCAUCAUUGACAGCUGGGAAGUGGUGACCUCACUGGGGACACAGCGUUGUGAUGCUGGUGUUUGUGUCCUUCGAGAGAAGUGAGUUUGGAGAAGCCCAGGUGAGAGAGACUCCUUGAGAAGGAUAGGCUGAAAGAGGAGAAUCUCACGUGGUUUGCAGGGACUGUUCCUGAUAGCUGGGGAUGCAGGGACUGCAGGCACCAGUGCAGCAUUCUUUCUGCGCUGCUUUGAAAUAUGUUGCGUGGACAAACACAUCACCCCAGCAGCUACUGGAAAUGAAGAGCUCUGUGUGAAGCUAGAAAAAGGUACUUGGGUGGAUCAGGAGAAAUUGCAUCCUCUGCCAACCUGCCAUCCCAACAGCUAACUUUAUCAACACAGCAGAUAUGCUUGGACUUUUGGCUUUGGCUGGUCAGCGAGCAUAAUGAAUGCUUAGGAAGAUAUGUACUUACAGCUGAUCUGACAGUCACCUCUGCACCUGCAGUCCUUGCAGGGUCACUGGCAGCUCUGAGCUACCUGUGUGUUUGAGGGUGGAAUCCAAACUGUUCUUGAUAUGCCAGCUUCAGAUUCUUAUACAAACUAAAUGUUUAAAGCUCAGUGUUCCAUUACCAAGUGCACUUCCAUACAGAUGAUUGCCAGUGUGCGCUACACUGGAGUUACAUCUGCAUGUUAUACGUUGACCUGUGUACAAAGGACAGAAAUCGCACACUAAUGCUUUCAACUACUGAGACCCAGGUGCAGCAGAGGAGGAGAAGGGUCUGGUACUCCAGGUAAUAGUGGAGGAGGAAGAAGCGGAGAUUGAGGCGUGGGGAAGACUGCAGUAUACCAGUCUGCCUACUGGAAACAGAUUGGAAGAGGUGAGGAGAAUGUGUUUAAAACGGUCGCAUUUUCUUCAAGAAGCUUGAUGGACUUUUCUUGGGGGAGAGAGCUUUUUCUGGCAGCAGAAACCUCACUCUGCUGCUCACCACAACCCUGUGAGUGUUUGUCAUCUUGCAGAACAGUGGAACCAGCAGGUACCUUGGUGACUGAGAAAUGGGAGGGUGGACAGGACUCAGGAUCAAUUUAGAAUGUACACAUACUACUGAAUAAGAACCAUUCCCUGCCUCGAGACACAGGGCAGCUAGAACUGACACGUGAAACCCCUUUCAUGCUUUUACUCUCAGCUAUUUACUUCCUUGGCUCCUAACACCUCAUCUUCUCACGCCCAUAAUCCUGUGUGCAAAACAUACAGUCCAAGCUCCACAGCUGAAGCUGCAGCUUCAUCCAUUGGCUUCGUAGACUGCCCUCCCCUUCAGCCCAUCUUACAUCCCUGGUUCUCUCUGCUCUCAAGGAUCAGAAGCCUCAGUCGCUCCUGCCAAGGCUCCCACAAUGUCUGCAUUUUGGGUGGUGCUGCUCUUUCUGUGUGCUAUUGAUUCUGUGCUUUUUGGGAAUGGGGUGGGAUCAGGGACACAGUAGAAGGAGUUAAUGAUGCACUUUCAGCCAACACUCUGAAUUUCUCCAUUUGUUCCUAUCACAUUUUGUGUUUCAUUUCCUAUGUAUUUUUUAGUGAAAGUAUCAAAAAUAAAGUAUCUGUAGGAGUUUGUUCUA